AUAAAAUAUUUUCAUCAUUUUGACAUUUAACUCUAAAGAAAUAAUUUAUAAUCCACGUAUUGAUUACCCAGAAAGUUAUAAAUAUAUUCUGUAAAUCGACAAAACAAAAUGAUGACUGUAGGAAUUAACGGAUUCGGAAGAAUAGGAAGAAUGUGCUUGCGUGUCUGUCUCGAGAACGAUAUUGACGUGAGAUUAAUAAACGACCCGUUUAUUUCAACCGACUACAUGUUAUAUUUAUUCAAAUACGAUUCGACACAUGGUACUUAUCCCUCUAUAAUGGUAUGCGAGAAAGCCGCCUUGGUUAUUGGCAAUAAAAGAAUAUCAACUUCUCAAGAAAAAAAUCCUUCUAAAAUAAAGUGGAACAAUCACGGCGUUUAUUUUGUUAUUGAGGCAACUGGAGUUUUUACGUCACUUGAAAAAGCAUCGAUGCAUAUAGACGGAGGCGCAAAAAGAGUUGUGAUAACCGCACCAUCGGAUGCCCCGAUGUACGUUAUUGGAGUAAACCAUUGCAGUUACACCCCUAAAAAAGGAUAUGUUGUAUCAGCAGCAUCUUGUACGACCAAUUGCGUCGCUCCAGUAGUCAAAGUGAUGCAUGAUAAUUUCCAAGUACUCGAAGCAAUGAUUACGAGUAUUCACGCGACAACUGCCACUCAAAAAACCGUCGAUGGACCCACUGGAAAGUUGUGGCGAGAUGGCAGAGGGUGCCUUCAAAACAUAAUUCCAACAUCAACUGGAGCUGCUAAUUCUUUAGGAACAAUAAUUCCCGAAUUAAAAGAUAAAAUAUCAGCGAUUGCAUUCCGAGUACCUGUUCCUAAUGUUUCAUUAUGUGAUAUCACAUUCAGAAUAGAAAAAAUAGCAAGCUAUGAUGAAGUAAAAACGGCGAUGAAGAAAGCCGCGGACGGUGAACUCCGCGGGAUAAUGCAUUACACCGAAGAUGACGUUGUUUCGUCAGAUUUCAAUCACACUAAGUACUCGUGUGUGUUUGACGCAAAGGCUGCUAUUCCACAGACUGGUACAUUUAUAAAAGUUAUUGUCUGGUAUGACAACGAGUACGGUUUUGCUCAUCGGAUAAUCGAUUUGAUACGAUUUAUGCAAGAUGUUGAUUCUGGAAAAGGCUGCUCUCCGGCUGACCAUAAUAUUGAUGAUUCUUUCACUGGAUAAUUAUUUUUAUAAUUGUUCAAAAUAAAAAUUUUUUAUUAUAGA